AUGUCUUAUCAUGAGCAGCAUAAUACCCGCAUCGAAGGAGCGACCAAAAGGAAGCGAUCAAGUCAGGAGUCAUCAUUUGAGGACAUUGCUUGGACAGCAGCGAGAUGCAAUCGACUACUACGAACCAUCACACAAAGGACCACGGCAUUACGCAGACUCUUGGAUACUUGCGCUAGAAAUGAUGGAAAGACUGCAAAGAGGGAUCCUCUUCGAGAGAAACGACCGGAUGAACAUUGGUCCACGACAGAUCCGGUCUGGCUACCGGAUGGCAAACGGAAGGCACCCAGCCGAACCUAUGCAGCGAAGCCCAAGCUGGACAAGAAUGCAGCGCAGAAGACUUCGUUGAAGAUUACAUCUACCGGACUCGCCUUUCCCAGUCCGUUCGUGCGGCGUAUUGGGAGCAGUCAUCCACUCGAAUAUACCGGCAGUCCAGUGGCAGCUCUUCGUGAACGACCCCCGCCAGCUCAACGAUCAAGGCAGCUGCCCAUAAAACCCGAGUCUCGUAUCAAAGAGGCCGAGCAGGGACUAGUGACCGCGUUCACCUGUCUUCUCGCCGUGACUUCGCAGCGUGAGCCUUCUCGAAGUGCUGGAGCCAGCUCGUUGAUGAGCAUGUGCCUUCGACAAGUCCCAGCCUAUGUCGAGCUGAACGCAGAGUUUGAAAGUGGCGAAGACUUUACGUCUGAGAUCUUCUCCUACCUUGAGCAGUUUGGAGUACGACAAGAUGGAGGCUGGGCAGGUUUGAGGGAAGUGGUGCGCAGUCAGGCCGUGCGUAUCAUUCGUGCUGCUUUUGUGGAAGGCGUGGUCUUGGAAGGCACAAUCGGCCAAUUGAUUGAAGUUUGCGGCGAACAGUCGGCGAUUCUGGAGGGCCAUCAACUUUUGCAGACUUGGCUGGAGACGACCGAGCCUCUGAAUUCAGGACACUCUGGGGCGUUGAGUACUUUUGGCCGCCAGCACCAGUGUCGGGAGCUUACAUUUCGGACGAUACACGUUCUUGGUCGUCGCAAACCCGCGCAGUUGGCGAUGCUCAGUAAGAGCUCCGAGUUCUGGAAAGAUCUCCUACGUUCGCUUUCUGGAAGCUCAGGACAUCAUGCGGCUGAUCUGCUUGCACAUUACGUCCGACACAUCCUAGAGCAAAAGGGCGAUGCAUCAUCAAGCAUCACUGAUGGUGUAAGGGAGAUGAUCUUCAAGUUGACCGCCAUGGCCGCUUCUUCCGCGUUACUCGACCGCAAGGAUGCAUUCAUUCAUCGGACCGUAUCCCGUCUUGCUGCCGAUGCCACAUAUUCCUUCUUCGAGCAGAGAGAGCGAGCAAGCAUACAUCGAGAUAUUCAUCCGUUGAUAUCGACUUACAAAGGCAUCUAUCCCUACCUCUGA